ACCUCUUGUGGGCUUUCAAAAUCCUCUCAAAACUUCACUUGGACACUCAACCUACACUAAAAUUCCCUCUUCUUUUUGAUGAUGAUGAGUUGUGGUAAAAGUAGGAUUCCUAAAAGUGUCAGGAGCAGCAGUUUGUAUGAAGAUGGAACUGAUCAUCAGUUGAGAAGAGGGCCAUGGACUCUUGAGGAAGACAAUCUUCUCAUUCAGUACAUAACUUGCCAUGGUGAAGGGCGAUGGAAUUCCUUAGCCAAAUGUGCAGGGCUUAAAAGAACAGGGAAGAGUUGCAGAUUGAGGUGGUUGAAUUAUUUGAAGCCUGACAUUAAGCGUGGAAAUCUAACACCUCAUGAGCAGCUCUUGAUCCUGGAACUCCAUUCCAAGUUGGGGAACAGGUGGUCGAAAAUUGCCCAGCAUUUACCAGGAAGAACAGAUAAUGAAAUCAAGAAUUACUGGAGAACAAGGGUGCAGAAACAGGCCCGACAGCUGAAGGUUGAUUCCAACAGCAAGAAAUUUCUCGAAGCCAUUCGUAUGUAUUGGAUGCCAAGACUGCUGGAAAAGAUGGAACAGAAAAAUGCAUCAGUAACAUCAUCUCCCUCUUCCUCCAUCUCAACUCUGGAAACUCAAAAAUUUACAGCCCCUUCACCGGUUUUUAACCAAGCCCCCCUGCCCUCGUCCUGUCCACCACCAGGCACCAUGGUUGCACAUUCAGACAGUAAUUCCUGCCCGGAAAUCCCUGAAAUUUCAGGACUUUUAACCCCUCCUGGUGGACAACCAUGUAGUAAAAUUUCCUGUUCAAAAUCAACUCAAGAUGAUUGCUACCGUGUCGACAUGAUUCCCAGCUAUGACAUGCAAGAAUUCUCCCAAGAUAUUCCAGACCUGUCCGAAUGCCACGUGGCGGAGGUCGACUGGUUCGGAGAGGACUUGGGGAGCACUUUUUGGGAGACUGAUGACUUGUGGCAGUUUAGGAAGGGAGAAGAUCAGGUUGGUGUCUAGAUACAGUUUAGACUGUAGGACUAGUGGCCCUUGUUUUUGUAGUAGGGCCAAAAAAGACGGUACUCAUUAGCUAUCUACUUUCUAUCAUAAUGUAAUGUGAUCAUACUUAAGUUUUUGUUGACUAAAAUUAAUCUAUGUGUGAAAGCAAUCAGACCAACUAUGUAAAGUUGUAUAACUUAUUACACAUUUUAUGAUCAUGAUGGCUCAUUUAGGACAAUA